CUCAUUUAAAUUCCAAUUGUCGCUCGUCCAUGUCAGCAAAAUGACUCUUUCGCUAUCGCUGCUCAUUGCUGCCGUGUGCAUCGUCGUGGCGCUGGCCGGGAUUAGCUGGCUGCCAUUGGUGGCGUGGCUGCGCCGACGUCGCCGCACCUACGAGUUGGCAGCCCAACUGCCAGGACCACGCAAUCUACCGCUACUCGGACAUUUUCACAUGUUUUUCGGCUUGGAGCCGUGGCAAGUGCCGCAGCUGAUUGCCCAGUUGGCGGAGCAAUAUGAUGGCACCUUCAAGCUCAAAAUGGGCAGCAACUUUAGCCUGAUGAUGUUCCAGCCACGGGACAUGGAAGUUGUUCUCGGCAGCAGCCAGCUGCUGGACAAGGCUAUCGAGUAUAGCUUUCUACACGGCUGGCUCAACGAUGGACUGCUCCUGAGUAGCGGACAAAAAUGGCAUCGCCGUCGCAAGAUCAUCACGCCCGCCUUCCAUUUCCGCAUCCUCGAGCCGUAUGUGGAGAUCUUUGAUAGGCAAACUCGAGUGCUCAUUCGCAAGUGGCAGCAAACCCUAGGCCAUUCCUUCGACCUGGGACAUGAUGUGCAUCUGUUCACGCUGGAUGUCAUUUGUGAAACCGCCAUGGGAGUCUCCACCAAUGCACAGACGAAUGCUGACUCGGAUUACGUUCGUGCAGUGAAGACCAUUUCGAUGGUGCUGCACAAGCGUAUGUUCAACAUCUUCUAUCGCUUCAAUCUGACCUACAUGCUAACUCCUCUGGCUAGAGCCGAGCGUCGAGCCUUGAAAGUGCUGCACAGCUUUACAGAGAAGAUCAUCGUGCAGCGUCGUCAAGAGCUGCUUCGCGCAAACAGCUCGACACAGAGCUCGGACGAUACAGAUGUGGGUGCCAAGCGCAAGAUGACCUUCCUGGACAUAUUGCUGCAGUCGAAGAUCGACGACAAGCCGUUGACCAAUGCAGAUAUACGUGAGGAGGUGGAUACCUUCAUGUUUGAGGGCCACGAUACCACAUCCUCGGCCAUUAUGUUUUUCUUCUAUAACAUCGCAUUGUAUCCGGAAUGCCAGCGCAAGUGUGUUGAGGAAAUUAUCUCCGUACUGGGCAACGACAGAGAGACGCCUGUUACCUACGAUCUGCUCAACAACCUCCAUUAUAUGGAUCUGUGCAUCAAGGAAACGUUGCGUAUGUAUCCAUCGGUUCCCCUGAUAGGACGCAAGGUGCUCCAGGAGUGUGAAAUAAAUGGCAAAAUGAUUCCAGCCGGCACGAACAUAGGAAUUUCACCAUUGUUUUUGGGUCGACGUGAGGAUCUCUUCAGUGAGCCAAAUACGUUUAAGCCUGAGCGUUUUGAUGUAGUAACGAGUGCUGAGAAACUCAAUCCUUAUGCCUACAUUCCCUUCUCAGCUGGCCCGCGCAACUGCAUUGGCCAGAAAUUUGCUGUACUCGAAAUCAAAGCGAUAGCGGCGAACGUUUUGCGACAUUAUGAAGUGGAGUUUGUUGGAAAUGCCGAGGAGCCACCAGUGCUUAUUGCUGAAUUGGUUCUUCGUACCAGGGAUCCACUCAUGUUUAAGCUCAAGGAGCGCGUCCUCACUUUACAAUUGUUUGUAUUUCGUAUAAGCCAUGAUAAGAUUCGCAAUAAAAAUAUUGGUAAUGGAAGGUCGAAGUUUCAGUUGAUUUUGCGAAUUGUUGCGAUUAAGAUGUUCCUGGUGUUGGGUCUUAUUCUGGCUAGCGCCCUAUUUGUAGGCCUACUGAUCUACCAGCUGAAGUUCAAGCACCUUAUCGAGGUGACGCGAGAUUUUGGUAGUGCGCCGACGUUGCCAGUAGUCGGUCAUGGCUAUCACUUCGUGGGCAAGGAACCUCAUGAACUUAUUAUAAAGGUUAGGGGUUUCAUGGAAACAUAUGGCAAGGAUUAUACGCUCAAAGUGUGGCUAGGCCCAGAGCUAAACCUGCUCAUGGGCAAUCUAAAGGAUGUGGAAGUGGUCCUUGGCACACUUCGCUUUAAUGACAAGGCCGGUGAGUACAAAGCCCUCGAGCCAUGGCUCAAAGAGGGUCUACUCAUCAGCCGUGGUCGCAAAUGGCAUAAACGCCGCAAGAUCAUUACACCUGCUUUCCACUUCAAAAUUCUAUACCAAUUCGUCGAUAUUUUUGAGCGUGAGUCGCGUGUGCUGCUCAAGAAUUUGGAGAGGGAACGCGAGCAGCAGGAUCAAGGUGGUUUUAAUCUAUACGAUUGGAUCAAUCUCUGCACAAUGGACACUAUUUGUGAAACUGCCAUGGGUGUGUCAAUCAAUGCACAGACGAACAAGGACUCGGAUUACAUUCGUGCAGUGAAGACCAUUUCAAUGGUGCUGCACAAGCGUAUGUUCAACAUCUUCUAUCGCUUCGAUCUGACCUACAUGCUAACUCCUCUGGCUAGAGCCGAGCGUCGAGCCUUGAAAGUGCUGCACAGCUUUACAGAGAAGAUCAUCGUGCAGCGUCGUCAAGAGCUGCUUCGCCCAAACAGCUCGACACAGAGCUCGGACGAUACAGAUGUGGGUGCCAAGCGCAAGAUGGCCUUCCUGGACAUAUUGCUGCAGUCGAAGAUCGACGACAAGCCGUUGACCAAUGCAGAUAUACGUGAGGAGGUGGAUACCUUCAUGUUUGAGGGCCACGAUACCACAUCCUCGGCCAUUAUGUUUUUCUUCUAUAACAUCGCAUUGUAUCCGGAGUGCCAGCGCAAGUGUGUUGAGGAAAUUAUCUCCGUACUGGGCAACGACAGAGAGACUCCUGUUACUUAUGAUCUGCUCAACAACCUCCAUUAUAUGGAUCUGUGCAUCAAGGAAACGUUGCGUAUGUAUCCAUCGGUCCCGCUGCUAGGCCGAAAGGUGGUUCAGGAGUGUGAAAUAAAUGGCAAAAUCAUUCCGGCCGGCACAAAUAUAGGAAUUUCGCCAUUGCUUUUGGGUCGACGUGAGGAUCUCUUCAGUGAGCCAAAUACGUUUAAGCCUGAGCGUUUUGAUGUAGUAACGAGUGCUGAGAAACUCAAUCCUUAUGCCUACAUUCCCUUCUCGGCUGGCCCGCGCAACUGCAUUGGUCAGAAAUUUGCCGUACUCGAAAUCAAAGCGAUAGCGGCGAACGUUUUGCGACAUUAUGAAGUUGAAUUUGUUGGAAAUGCCGAGGAGCCACCAGUGCUUAUUGCUGAGCUGAUCCUUCGUACCAAGGAUCCACUAAUGUUUAAGCUCAAGCAGCGAAUGCUCUAAUUUAUUUCACAUAUAUACAUUUUCCGUUAUGAUUUUGCAAAUGAAGACGUGUGUAUUCAAUAGAUACAUCUAUUCUAUCGAUAAAGUCGAGUAAUUAUCGUAACAAAGCAGAGAGAUUGUGAGAAAGAACCAUGCAUAUUGAUAUUCCAUUUUAAAUAAAAAUAGCUAAAAUACACAAAGAA